AUGAUUGAUUUAACAAGGACAGACGAUACUCCAACAUUCUUCAAGGAGCUGCCAAAGAUAGAGCUUCACGCCCAUUUAAAUGGAUCCUUGGGCAUUGGGACAGCACUGGUGCUCGCUGAAAGUAAAAUUCAUCAAUUGAACAUGAAGAAUGCUUGUAUCUCACCGAAUGCUGCUAUCGUAGGGAAACAAGAUCAAAAACUCUAUGCCGAUGUCAAACAACAAUAUGAAAUGGACACAACGUCCUUUCAGAUUGCUGACUUCUUUCCUUUAUUCAAGCUGAUAUAUGCACUGACGGAUACUCCAUCUGCAGUAACGUUUGCUACGGAGCAAGUCAUUUUGGAGUUUGCGGAUGACGGGGUUGUUUAUUUGGAGCUUCGUUCGACCCCGAGACGCACGACAGGAAUGUCAAAAGACGAAUAUAUACAAGCCAUGUUUGCAGGAAUUGAAGCAUGCAAGGGGAAGAACCUGGACAUUAUCGUCCGCGUAAUAUUGACUAUUGAUAGAAAGGCUGGGCUAGAUGAUGCGCUAGACACGAUACAGCUGGCUGCCAAGUACAUGUCUGAAGGUGUUGUUGGAAUUGAUUUGGCUGGUGAUCCAUUUGCAGAUCAUUAUCAGACGUAUUCGCAGGCAAUCAAGAAUGCUAAAUCUUAUGGUCUUAAAGUCACCAUUCACUUUUGUGAAAUCGAGGGAACUGAAGAUGAGAGCAUCUUGAUGUUACAAGAUGCUGAUAGACUUGGACAUGCGACGUUCAUGUCUGAGCGGGUUAAGAAGGAAGUGUUUGAAAAGAACAUACCCAUUGAAGUCUGCAUGUCUUCGAACGUCAUAUGCAAGACCGUCACAGCUUACACCGACCAUCACAUUCAAACUUGCUUUGAGGCAAAUCACGCCUGUUGUAUAUCAACAGACGACAAGGGUAUUUUCAAAUGCACAUUGUCGAAUGAGUACUACAUCGCGUCGAAAGUACUUGGACUUGAUCGUGAUCAGGUUGAAAAGCUGGCUAGGAGUUCAAUUGAUAGUAUUUUUGGAAGUGAGGUGGACAAGGAUGCUUUGAGACUCUGUUUUGAUGAGUUUCGACGUAAAGAGCAGUUGUAG